UUGGCUGCAGACUAUAAUGACCUGCUUAAGGAGCUAUCCUCUCACAAGAUGACGUCUGUUGGAUGCUAUUCGAUAGGAGAAACCAUUGGCACGGGAGCCUAUGGAAAAGUUAAAUUAGGUAUUCAUAAACUGACCGGACAGCAGGUCGCCAUCAAAAAGAUCGACAAGCAACACGCGCCUCUAAUGGCUAGAGAAAUCCACCACCAUCGCCAACUACGACACCCUAGUAUAGUGACGCUCUACGAAGUUAUUUCAACUGAAUCCACAAUUCAUCUUAUUUCCGAAUAUUGUCCCAAUGGCGAAUUGUUUGAUGCCCUCACAUCGUCUGGUCGAUUCUCGGAGUACAGAGCACAAAAAAUGUUCAAUCAAAUCACAAGUGCCGUACGAGCAUGUCACCAACAAGGCAUUGUUCACAGAGAUUUGAAACUGGAGAACAUCCUACUAGAUGCUGACAAUAACGCCAAGCUAUGUGAUUUCGGCUUUGCUCGUUACGCAGAGAAUAACCAGUUUUUAGAAACUUUUUGCGGCAGCUUAGCUUAUUCUGCGCCAGAGGUCAUCAUGUGUCAGAAAUACACCGGUCCAGCAACCGAUGUCUGGUCUCUAGGCGUCAUUCUCUUUACACUGCUGGCAGGUGAACUUCCUUUUGACGACGACUCUGAGAUCAUAAUACAGCGCAAGAUCCGAAAUGUUGACUACGAAAUACCCUCCUACUUCUCACCUGAGGCUGCCGAUUUAAUCCAACGUCUACUCCAACUCGAUCCUCUCGAAAGACCAACCAUCGAUCAGGUGGCAAAUCAUCCGUGGCUC